GUCAGAAAUAAGAGCCCAUUCCUUUGACACCUCCUUCUUCCACCACUUUGCGGUAGAUUCUAUGAUGAAGGUUCUUUCUAUGUUGACGCUGUUUGUUUUUCUGAGUUUCCAAUCGGCCGUCGCUGCACAAACUCGUUCAGAGAUUGACGAUGUGGUGAUUGUUGGUGGAGGAACGGCCGGACUUACCGUUGCUUAUGAAAUUGCUUCUCGUACGAAUCUCAGAGUGCGCGUUUUGGAAGCUGGAGAUGAUCCUACCACCCAAAAUCCGGAGAUCGAAGUGCCAAUCAAGGAAUUCGAGGUCUACAGCAACCCCAUGUGGGAAUGGGGCUUCGUGUCGACCCCCCAGAAUCAUUCCAGCAAUGUUACCAUUCCCCUGGCGAGAUUCAAAGGACUCGGUGGAUGCAGUCAACACAACGGGGAGGGAUUUUGGCUGGGAUCUCAAUACACGUACGACAAAUGGCCGAAAGGAUUCAAGUACAGAGACUUUCAUCAGGCGGUUUUGCAGGAGGAGGGGUGUGUGAGCUUUGGGCUACCAAAUCACGGGACGACUGGCCCUUUGCACACUUUACUUGAUCCUCUUGAUGCCAUUGAUCCAUAUUUGGUUGCAUUCAAGGCUGCUGCACUGCAAGCAGGAUAUCGUUUCAAUCCGGACGAAAACGCCCCGCUGGCUAAAGGCUACAUGCCUCACGUUGUUACAUACAAAGACGGGCGGAGGUUCGGUCCCUACGGUGUGUUCAAAUCCGUCAGGGGCCGUCUUCCAAACUUGCGUGUCGACCUAAACACCACCGUCACUGGCCUGUUGUUCGGCGGUGGGACCGACCAAGAUGGAAAAAAAAGACUCAAAAUCACGGGAGUGACGGCGGAUCGCGUCGGUCGCGAUGGAUUCGAGAGAAACAUUACAUAUCUGGCAAGGAAGGCGGUGGUUAUGGCGGCUGGAGCAUACCAGACUCCCCAAAUCUUGAUGGUGUCAGGUAUUGGGCCCAAGGAUAUGCUACGCAACGCGGGCAUCAACCUGAGGGUAGACCUGCCCGGUGUGGGAAAAGCCCUGAAAGACCAUUACGCGGUUCCGUACAUCAUCAAUAGCUUGCAAAUUCCUCCGAUGAACGACCCGGCCUUUUUCGCGGAGCAGGCCCAGCUUUACGCCGCUACCCAAACGGGCUAUUUUGCGUGGCCGCCCUCCGAUCAUGCUGCCGUGACAGCAUCAACCAAUGGAAAUCAGCAAAACCCAUUCGUACCAGUCGAUGUGGUUAUGGUUACAUUUCCUUACACUUUCUUCCCCGGAUUCAAUGCCAACCAGAUUCUCUCUUUGGUUGUUUUGACAAAUCCAAGCAGCUCUGGUACAGUGACCGUGUCCAGUGGCAGCAUCUACGAUCCUCCAGUUAUUGACCUUAACUACUUUUCUGACCCCCAAGACUUUGAGGUUUUGUAUAAGGGAGUGGAUCUGCUCAGGCAAAUAUUUAAACAGCCUGCAUUGUCGCAGUGGUUUGGCUCAGAACUAUUUCCAGACGGGGCGGACAAUACAACACUCAAGGCUCAGGUUUUCACAGCAGAUCAUCCAAUGGGUACCUGCAUGAUUGGAGAGGACCACGAAACAUUUGCUGUAGCUGACCAUGAUGCAGCUGUGUUUGGGACAAGCGGACUGUAUAUCGCAGAUGCCUCUCUCAUUCGAACUGUUGACGGUGCCACACCCAAUGCCUCCAUUCAUGCCACGGUUAUAUUGGUAGCUAAGAUUGUUGCCAACAAGUUGGUGUGCAAGUUUGCCAAUGUCUGUUUGUAGCAUGGUGGGCUAGUAAGGUACACAAAUAUAUGAGGUUGAAUAUAAAGGAACGAUGCAAGUUUAAAAGGUUAGCUCGCUGCUGACUUUCCUGAUCCAGAGCACUUCCGCAUCGGAAUCAACCUUGCUUGGGAUAAGCUGGAUGAAUAUUAUCGGCGGUGGACGAGACGCCCAUCUACUAUACGGCUAUGGC